GAUCCAAGCUUAGUACAUAACACUAGCAGUGCUUGAAAUUAGAUCUUUCCCCUUGAUGUCACCUGGCUGGGGGGUGUUUCAUGUUGGAAUCUGAUCAGAAAAAAACAGUUUGCCUGCUUUUUAAGUGAGUUGCAUCCAGUAUGAAAAUGUCAGCAUCUCAUUCCUCCAAACACUUAAGAGAUGAGCUUAGUAUUGUUUUACCUGCAUAUAAAUACAACUAUUGUCAUUAAAGGUUUAAGUGGAACAUCGAUGCAUUAUGCAAAUUAAAUGCGCACAGGUUUCCCACAGGAAGCAAAGAUAUAAUUGACUCUCCCCAGAUCAGUUUUAAUGGCUUAAAAUAAAAAUAAAACCCAUUUGUUUUUAUUUCCCUCUCCUAAGUGAUUGUCCCUUGGCCUUUCUUUACACUAAGAAUGCUAAAUCAUUGUCUGUUUGUGUGCAGCUGUGCUUCUUGUUCCUGUCCCCACCCCCUUUGUUGAGCAGCGUCCAAAGCCUACGGAAAUGCAGCAGAAAGGUGGUAAGAUGUGGUUUAGUAUUUCCUUUGCGGGGAUGGUAUGUUGUCCAGAGUCCAAAAAAAGAAGAAGCACUUUCCCAGUGCCACGGGUUUUUCGGUUCCUUUCCUCCGCUUUUCAGUCUGGGCCAACUGGCAACUUUAAAUCAGUUAAAUUAUUUAAAUUUGCUAAUAGAACAGAAUCAAGGAGGUAAAAAUAAAAUAAAUCCAAAAGUUCAAAGCAAGUUUCAAACCAGCCAGGUGGUCCCUUUUUUCUGCUCUUUUAAAAAGACCGGUCUGCUCAGUUAGGGAUACUCCAUGUGGAAUGGCACCAAUUGUUUUGUAAAACACAGCCAAAUGGAAAAAGUACAGUACUUUUCCAUGUAUAACAUACCCCCCCCCAUGUAUAAGACGCCCCCUAUUUUGGAGGAUUCAAAUUUAAGAAAAUGGGGGGAGAUGGCCCAGGGUGGUUGAGCUUCUUUAAAGGGGGGAAUGACGAAAAUCCCUCACCUGCACAAGUCGCAAAAUCCACCUCUCAUCUGUCCCCUCACCGGCAGAUGCUGCCAAUCGCCCGCCAAAUUGCCACAGCGUCAGCCAAUCAACACCACCCAUUGAUGCAGCAACCAAUAACAUGCAUAAUAGCUGCUGACAGCUGCGGCAGCAACCAAUCAAACAUCCACCCUAUGCACUACCCAUGUAUAAGACGACCCCUACUUUUUAGCAUGAUUUUAAAAGAAAAAAACCUAGUCUUAUACACUGAACAUCCCCAGAUGCUUCUGUUGCUUUCUGGUGGCAGCUUGUGUGAGUGCAUCCCAUAUAACUGUGCUCACACUUAUAUCACUGCUAAGAGCAAGCAGCUCUUCCAAAUGUUGCUUCUUCUAUGCUAAUCAACUGUUUGGGAUGCCAUAGUGAGUAUUCUCAAGAAGACGAGCCUUAGAAGACAAAGUCUGGGUUUGCGGCCUGCAAAGACUCUGAUGGCCGCAUGAAAACCUUCACGAGCUGACUUUUUUGUGUACGUCAAUGGAGAGGGUAGCUCUGCCCCUAUUUUACUGUGUGUGUUGUGGAGCUUCCUGAUUCACUGAAGAUAAAGAAGAAACUUCUUCUAAAGUGGGUGAUAUAUUAAUUGGUGCUCUUGCAUCUGCAAGAAAUCACUGGAUGAGGGGUGACUGAUUUUAAUUUUGCAGAUCUGUGGUGGAAAUGUUUGCUUUGGGGGACAGAACUUCUGUGGUAGGUUUAGCCAUUAAAUAUCUUAGUGCAGUGUUGGAAAAACUAUCGGAAACAUCUUGCGGUCAUCUGGAAUUUCGUAAGUACAGUUAAUAUAUUAAUCACCAAGACCCGGUGAGAUGCUAACACUGAGAGAAUGCUUUUUAUGACAUUGAGCCUAGUGUCAAUGGCUAAAGUGAUGUGAUAUGCUCAGCUGGAUAAUGGCAAGCAGUGCAGAGAGCCCUGUGGAAGGACUUCAUGUAUUACUUUCAUGAAACAAUUAUUUUAAUGUAGAUAUGAAUUUAUAAAAGGCAUUUUCAUUUUUUUUAAAAAAGUCUGAUACUGAUAAACUUUCACAAUAUGCAGCAGAAAUGGCAUUGCAGCUGUUUUUAUGUAUAUUAAUUCUAUUUUGCCAACUAUCAAAAAUUGUAUAUGCAAACACACUCAAAUCUAAUAUGAAUAUAUGGAAAGAUAACUUUGUCCAUUCUUUCAGCAUUCAAAUAAUAUGUUUAAAAAACACCCCUGCAUCAAUACCCUGGUUUGAAGUCCAAAAUUAAUAAAUUGAUAUUUAUAAAAUACAGAGGGCAUAAGAAAGUUAUCCAGUAUGGUUGUAAUUUGAAAGAGUGGUAUAAACACAUCAUAUGUGUCUAAGCCAGUGUAUUUGUGGAAGAAGAAAUGAGUGGUGUGUGGUACUGUGAAUGUGCAGGAAUGACACAUAUUUUCCUCUAAAUAAACCAUGGUUUAUUAUUAUGGUUAUUAUAAACCAUGGUUUAUUAAUCUGAGAUCAUAUUUGAACUUCCCAAUAUUUGAACUGCAGUAUAACAGAAUCUAGGACCUAGACUGAGUGGUAUGUGCUGAAUGAGAUGCAGAGGCUGAGCAUGUACAAUGAGCACACAGGUCUCUCUGUGGGUAAAGUCAAAGAGUUCUGAUUUCGAAUGCUACCAGCUAGGUAAAUCAGUUCUGCUCAUUCUGCAACCCGCACAUUGGCUAAAUGUUGGAGUUGACUUUUAUUUCUGAAAUGAUCUUUUGCUUCCCUGAGAUAAUCCUAGUUCCUUAGCCAGUUUCUGAACUUUGAAAAUAUCUGCUGAUCUGGCAUUCUUAAAUAAGUGGGUUGAUGAAUUAUUACAACUUGACAAAUGAGCAUAUAUAAACUCUUUGACCAUUUCUGACUGUACCUUCUUCCCACACUUAAACUGCAGAUUUUGCUUCUGGUAAUAAUAAAUCUGCUGCUGAAUACUUAGACUGAGCAGAGUUGAGUGCCUCCGACCUAAAGCAACAUUCUACAUUUUACAGUCAGGAAGUUAAUCUACCUGGAGGGUUUGGUUACUGACAAAUGGAAUAUUUCCUUUUAAGUGACAGUUUCAAGCUACAAGAUGCUUAAGCUCUGGUUUUACUCAUACCUUAAUAUCUUCUGGCCAUAACAUUUCCUUCCACCACUGCUAUUUUAUCGCAGCAGUGAAAGAAAACUCAGUGGAUCUAUAAUGUGACUAUAUAAUUAUUUUGUAGACUCAGAAACACUUUAGCAAUAAAUUAUUAAGGGAUGAAUUGACCGCCAAUUAAGUAACUGUAAACAACAACAACAACAACCCAAAAUGUAUUAAGAUGAUCUGCUAUGUGGGGUUGUUGUUCAUAAUACAGGAAUUCAGUUCAAGCAGAAGGUCACUAAUGGGAACCAUGUUGCACAACAGAGCCUCUCUGGUUCAGAGUGACUCCACAUUCCAGAAGUAUAUGUUCUAGAAAAAUCUAUGCCUUUUAUGGGGGAUGAGUGUUCAGACCCCUGGGCCCUCACUUGUGGGGUGUCUCAGGGUUCCGUCCUCUCCCCCAUGCUUUUAAACUUCUAUAUGAAGCCGCUGGGAGAGAUCAUCAGGGGGUUUGGACUGGGUGUCCAUCAAUAUGCAGAUGAUACCCAGCUCUACCUCUCUUUCAAAUCAGAACCAGUGAAGGCAGUGAAGGUCCUGUGUGAGUGCCUGGAGGCGGUUGGAGGAUGGAUGGCGGCUAAUGGAUUGAAGUUGAAUCCUGACAAGACAGAAGUAUUGUUUUUGGGGGACGGGGGGGGGCUGGUAUGGAGGACUCCCUGGUCCUGAAUAGGGUAACUGUGCCCCUGAAGGACCAGGUGCGCAGCCUGGGAGUCAUUUUGGACUCACAACUGUCCAUGGAGGCGCAGGUCAAUUCUGUAUCCAGGGCAGCUGUCUACCAACUCCACCUGGUACGCAGGCUGAGACCCUACCUGCCCGCGGACUGUCUCGCCAGAGUGGUGCAUGCUCUAGUUAUCUCCCGCUUGGACUACUGCAAUGCGCUCUACGUGGGGCUACCUUUGAAGGUGACUCGGAAACUACAACUAAUCCAGAAUGCGGCAGCUAGACUGGUGACUGGGAGUGGCCACCGAGACCACAUAACACCGGUCUUGAAAGACCUACAUUGGCUCCCAGUACGUUUCCGAGCACAAUUCAAAGUGCUGGUGUUGACCUUUAAAGCCCUAAAGCGUGUUCUCCUUCAUGGAGAGCACGUGUUGCGGUGGGGUCUGCUGAGCCACCCCUCUGUUACCAGGCAGGGUCUCUAAAGAUGGCCUGGGGCAGUGAUUGGUUCACUGGGUUGCUGGGGUAAAAGUUAUGUUGCAAUUUUGGUGGGAGGGGUAAAAUGUUUAAAUACUCUGCACACAGCCUGGAGCUUUCUCUUUGCUGCGUGCAACGGAUCACCUGGAGCACUUGGACCGUCUGGAGGACAGUGGAGCGAUCUUCUCAUUGUCUGGUUACAUUUCUUUAUUUUCCCCUUCUUUUUAAUCUUCUCUAGUCCCUUAAUUAAUUUAAUUCCCCCCUUUUUUUCUGUUUGAUUUCCCACCCCACCCCUUACCCUGCCCUUUGGGAAGAUUCUCCCUGUACCUGUGAGCGCUGCCUGUGCAUAAUCCUCCUGGGCUUGCCUUUCCCAAUAGGGAGAGAGCCCCCAUUAGGGGCUUUCUUUUGCAAAAAGUUUUUCCCCAUUUUCGCCUGUUUAAUUGUGGGGCUAGCCAGGGCUGCUCCCAGCUUACCUGGAAUCACUUUCAUUUAUAGUAUCCCCAUGGGUUGGCUUUAUUUUGGGUGCGUGCAGUGCUGUUGGCCAAAUUUUAAUCUAGCCUUGGGCGGGAGCACUGUUUUGAGUUCCUUUAAUAUUGCAAUGAGACAAAAAAGGCAGAGAGCAGAAGCUGGGAGGCCAUCACGGCCUGCACGGCCUGCACAUAUCAUUCAAGCCUAAGCCUGCUACAGUUAGCAGUACAGUGAAUUGUUAAGUUUCUGUAACAUGUGACUCAUUCUCUCUAUAAGAAUGUAUCUGUUGUUUGCAGGCUCACUUGUUGCUAAUGUAUAGCUUAGGCAGACAGAGUGGAGCCAGAGGCUCUCUGUGCCUCCAAUGAGCACUCUUUGUAUGCUCUUUAACUAUGCUGUUUCUGAACAAGUUUAUUUUCUUCAAGUUUGUUUAUCCCUGAUAGUGGCGACUGCCAUUUUAGAGACAAGCCAUUGUGGCUUAGUGGCUAGAGUACAGGACUAGGACCUGGGAGACAGGGUUCAUAUCCCUCACUUAGCCAUUGUUAUAACAAGGCAAAACAAGCUGCUCCUUUUGGACUAUUUUGUUGCUGGGUAGUCUGGCCCAUUUGUGAUAUUGCUCCCAAAAAGAACUUUGGGUUUCUUGAGGAGGUGCUUCCUCUAAAGGGCAAGCAGGGGUACCUGGACAUGCGGUGGGCUGCCUCGAGUUUGUUAUCUCAUUGGAAACAUUUAUGUCUGGCCUAGCAGGUGAUCCUAGGGCUUGGCCCGCUUGGCCCUAGAAUUUGAUGGCCUCUGGCAGCGUUUCUGGCCUGAAUAGCGUCCCCAUGUGGUGCACAAAGCAUUGGUUUCACCUGUUCCUCACAUUGUUUAGGUUUUUUCUUUUCGCAGACUAUGACAGGGCCUUUGCAGAUGCCUCCAGAGCUUGCCUCUCCUGCAGAGGAUGACUUGUUGAUGCCCCAGAUGCCUUCUUCCGGAAGGAAGCGUCUUAAGAGGCAGGAAAAAGCAUAGCAGGGAUGAUGCUUACACCUCCUUGCAG